CACCUACCAGUCAAGGGUUAAGGAAUGAGACGUGUAAACCGAUACGAGUGUCUGGCAAGUGCAGUGGCAAAACGUGUUCAGUUUGGACGUGGGAAUGUUUGUUAGCAUACUUGCCUUGAGAAGAGUGUUUCCGACAAAAGAGAAUGCUGUAAUCAGUCUGAUGAAUGAGAACACAUAGCCACACCGAAGCAGAACCCUGCACCCAUUCUAAGAUGGAGGAGCUGGCUGUGUUGGACUUAAUGACGUGCCCGCUGUGUUUAGAGCGGCUGGAUGUUUCAGCCAAGGUCCUGCCUUGCCAGGAUACCCCCUGGAAGCCCAGCCUGCAUCAACAGGAGAACUCCAGGCCCAGGGCCAAGAUUGCGCUCCACUGCCCAGAGUGUCAUACCCUGGUCCAGGCCAGGUCGGUGGAGGAGCUGCCCCCUAACCUCCUGGUUCGGCUCUUGAAGGGGCUCAACCAGGGGUCCAUGGAGCCAGAUCGGGACAGGAACAAACCGUCUGCCAGGGGCAGGGAGGCCCAGCAGCAGCAUCAGAAACAACAACUGCAGAACCCACAGUCAGAUCAGCAGCACAGAGAGAAGCAGCAUGGAAGGAAUGAGGGAGACAUCCUCACGGUCAUCAGACGAGCAGAUGAAAACUGGAUUGAAGGAAAGCUGGGAGACAAAGUUGGCAUUUUCCCUCUCCAUUUCACUGAGCCAUUCACAGAGGCAGCAGCCAAGCUUCUGGAGGGAAAGACCUGGAAGGGGAGUGACUCCUCGGCUGAAUCUCGCCCAGGGAUCGGGAGUGAGAGUGGAUCAACAAACCCCGACCGGGCAACCUGCUUCGGGGCGACCCAGAGCCCCAAGAAGACCUCCAAUAUUUCUGCUCUCAACCCCCCUACCACCACCCAGGGGAAACAGCAACAAGCUAACAGCAGCACCCUGUACCAGUCCAACCAGACACAACCUUGGAAUAUCAAUGGUCUGUACCAGUCAACCCAGGCACAACAACCUGCUAAUAUCAACAGUGGGUACCAGCCGACCCAGGGGCGGGGGCAGCCACCCAGCGUCAGUGCCCUCAACAGCCUGAACCAUCAGGUUCAACAGAGCCAGCUGUCCCAACCCUCCGCCCCCCCUCCCAACCACAGCUCCUCUCACCGCUCAGGUGUGACCUCACAGCGCGUGAAGCGAAACUCCGUGAGAACUGGCAGACACCUGUCACAACAGGUGAGUCCUCAGGGCGUGAGGAAGAUGAGUAGUGGUGAAGCUCCUCCCACCAUCACCAUGGCUCUGAUCAACCCCCAGUCCUCCUCCGUCUCCUCGGACACCAAACAGUCCUCCACUCAGCAGCUCUCCAUCAGUGUGUGUGCUGCUCUGUACUCCUACAAGCCCUGUCGUUCUGAGGAACUGGAGCUGAGGAAGGGGGAGAUGGUGGGGGUGUAUGGGAAGUUUAAGGAGGGCUGGCUCCGAGGCCUCUCUCUACGGACGGGCAAAGUGGGCAUCCUCCCCGGCAACUACGUCACACCUGUCCUCAGAACCUCUGCCAGGCUCUUGGAGUCCAAGGCAGUGACGGCAGUCCCCGGUACAGUCCCUGGAAGAAGAACCUCCUCGUCCUCCAAGACCCCAGCGGUGGUUCUAGCUCUCCACAGGGUCAACUCCGAUGAAACGACCUAUUCUACGGGACAACGGGUUCCGCUGCAGUCCGCCUCCAUGGCCACGCAGCCUGUGACGUCAUCAGGCGGCGCCACCAGGAAGUCCCGGCACGGGGUGGGCUCGGAGGGAUGGGACACAGUAAGGAGGGUCUUCCAUAGUUCACACAGAGGCUCAUCUCAGCGGGGAAACCACUACCCCCACACUACCAUCUCUUCCAGCUCAGCCCUUCAGACCCAAACCCACAGUCAGAGCUCAUCCCAGCGCUGUAACCACUACCCCCACACUACCAGCGCCACCUCAGGCCUUCAGCCCCAUUCUCAGUCCCAUUCUCACAGCCAGAACUUUAGCCAUAUCCAGGCCCCUGGCUACUCCCCUGCUCUGCUCAGGAAGAAACAACACAUGAGCAUCCUGCCCAAUCACAACAGAUCUCUGGCCUGGAUGUCUGAGGGACCCGUGCCCUCUAGUGGUGGUUUUAUGAAGGACAGGGACACUGCUGCCAGAGAGACGUUCGAUAGGCAGGUGUUCGAGACGAGGCAAGCAGCAUCGAAUGGUCAGCAGUCCAUCAACUCCAUCCUAGUGAGACCAGACGCCCUCAAGAACAACACAGAAAAGCCCACCAAGUCAGUGCGGUUCCUGACCCAGCCUGAUUCCCCUCCACCACGGCCCAGGACCACCUCCCUGCCCUCGGGUAGCCAGCCUCCCUCCAGUACCCGGCCUGGUCCCCCUCCCCUGGAGGUCUGGGCUCCAUCACUCACACUGGGGCGAGAUGGGCCUGGGAUCAUCCUGAAAGAAGGCAAGGCUCCUGUUCUUAGAAAAGGUCUGGAGACAAACCCCUCAGAUGUUCUGACAUCCAAUCCGAAACCUACAUCAUCAGCACCAUCAGUGUCCAGCAGCCCUAGCAGACACAGAGUAGCGGCGUCGUACCAGGCCCAGACGGAGUCAGAGAUGAGCCUGAUGCAGGGUGAGCAGGUCCUGCUCCACAGACAUCGGCCCGACGGCCGGGUUCUGCUCACCCAGGAGAGCAGUGGCCACACGGGCCUCUUCCAAACCAGUGUUCUACAGUUCUUAGACCGGUUCAGUUGACUGCCUGUAGUGUUUAGUUGUUAUUAUUAUAUGUGUGUUUUUCACAUAGAAAUAGAAUGACUAGCAUGGAAAAGCUCCCUAGACCGCGACAAUUUGAUAGUACACUCAAUAUGGCUGCUGGCCCACCCCGGUACAAUCAAUUUGGCCACCCCAUCAUGUAAUGUUGACUUGAAAACCAAUGUCCAUUCUAGCUAUUCUAUUUCUAUGGAUCUCCAUACGUUGACACUGCCAAAUGAGAUGCCCAAACUGUGGAAGUGUGUGUGUUUUAUCUGUGUGUUGAAAAUAAUAUAUUAUACUGCCAUAUAAUGACUAUAUAUGAAGUAUGUGGACACCCCUUCAAAUGUUGUGGAUUUGGCUGUUUCAGCCACACCUGUUGGUGACAGGUGUUUAAAAUUGAUAACACAGCCAUUCAAUCUCAAUAGACACAAAUUGGCAGUAGAAUGGCCUUACUGAAGAGCUCAGUGAAUUUAUAUUUGGUACCGUCAUAGGAUUCCACCUUUCCAACAAGUCAGUUCGUCAAAUUUAUGCCCUGCUAGAGCUGCCCCUGUCAACUGUAAGUGCUGUUAUUGUGAAGUGGAAAUGUCUAGGAGCAACAACAGCCCAGCCGCGAAGUGGUAGGCCAUAGAAGCUCACAGAACGGGAUUGCCGAGUGCUGAUGCGCGUCUGUCCUCGGUUACAACACUCACUACCAAGUUACAAACUGCCUCUGGAAGCGACAUCAGCACAACAACUGUUCGUCGGGAGCUUCAUGGGUUUGGGAUGAAUUGGAACGCCGACUGCGCGCCA